AACUCCGACCGCUUUGUUAUUUACCUUCACAGCAGACAACUCUAUUUCAAGAAACAGACAUGGAAUAAGCAGGAUUUGUAUAACCUCGCAGGCGGACUACUUUAUACCCGCAGCACAUGACACACAAUGGAGCUGAAAGGAAAUGCUUCUCAGGCUCUUUCGGGUGAUAAUGACAGUGAAAGGAUUGACCCUUAUGGCUUUGAGAGACGUCAGGAUUUUGAACCCUACAAGGAGAUGAUGACAGAAUAUGUAGCGGUGCUCAACAGAAGGUCAAUGAGAUGGGACAAACUGCUUCAGGAGAAACCACAUGUGGAGAAAAACCUGACAGUGAAGCGCUACGUGCGUAAAGGUGUGCCUAAUGAGCACCGUGCCAGGAUCUGGAUGGCGGCCAGCGGCGCUCAGGAGCGACUGGAAAGAAACCCGGGUUACUACCAGGCUCUGCUGAGCAUGGAGCACGACACCAAGCUGAAGGAAACCAUCCACACAGACAUGCACAGGACCUUUCCUGACAACGUCCUCUUCCAGAGCAAAGCAGAACCGAGCCUGCAGAGCGCUCUAUUCAACGUGCUGCUGGCGUACGGACACCACAAUAAGGAAGUGGGCUACUGUCAGGGCAUGAACUUCAUUGCAGGCUACCUCAUGAUCAUCACCAAAAAUGAAGAGAACUCCUUCUGGCUCAUGGAUGCAUUGUUGGCUAGAAUGCUCCCAGAUUUCUACAGUCCGGCCAUGAUGGGUCUGAAGACCGACCAGGAGGUUCUCGGGGAGCUGGUGAAGGCUAAAUCUCCUGCAGUCGGACAGUUAAUGGACCAGUAUCCCGGCAUUUGGACGCUGGUGGUGUCUCGUUGGUUCAUCUGCCUCUACAUCGACGUACUCCCAAUUGAGACAGUUCUGCGGGUCUGGGAUUGUCUUUUCUACGAGGGCUCAAAGGUUCUUUUCCGUGUUGCUCUGACUCUCAUCAUUCACCACCAGCCGGAGAUCCUUCGCGCUCGUUCACUAACGGAUGUGUGCGAGUGCUUCAAACAAAUCACCUGCGGAGCUUUCACUCUGGACUGCCACACCUUCAUGCAGAAGAUAUUUACCGAACCUGGGACCCUGUCGAUGGGAACUGUCGAUAAACUCAGAGAGAAAUGCCGACAGCGAAUACUGGAGGAGGAAUCCGGACGCCGGUAACAUUUUGGAUCCACCCUUUCUCACUGGAUUAAUAAAAGCCUUUCAUUCAGUGUAAGUAGACAACACUUUAAUAUCAGGAAGAAUUAACUAUUUCCAAAUGAACUACUCAUGGAUUUUUUCCUUCUGUUAUACGUUUCUAUAUUACUCUCUAAAGUAAUUUGCUCAUGGUCUCACAUUUCUGCUGCUAUAAAUACUUCAAGAUCACCUGAUGCUAAUGUGUUUAAAUUGGCCAUUGUUUUUAUUACUUGCACUAUUGUAUUGUAACUUAAUAAUAGUAGGGAGUGGUUUUAUUAUUGUGGAGGAUAAUAUCUGAGAAUAAUAAUGUAUAUAAUGAUAAGAUGUGUCUAAUGGAAAAGAGUUGUUGAUGUCUCUUGCACUGAAACACUAUUGAAACUGUACUUUCUGAAGUAAAAUUAGAUAUAUUCAUUUA